UGGCGAGGCAGAGCACAGCACAGCCUCCCUGAGCCAGCCCUGGAACCCACCUCACCACACCCCAGGUGUCACCAAUCUGGGCCACAGGCUGACGAAGCCCCCAGCCCUGGCUGCAGGCUGAUGGAUCGUUAAUUAUCUGGCUAAUGAAGCCCCUCCCAGCACAGCCCUGGGGGCUGUUCCCAUGCUGGAGCUCCUGCCCCCUGCCUGAGGCCACCAGGUGGGAAGAGGGAGAGCUCCAGCAGCCUCGGCCCGGGGGGCACAGCAGAAGGACCUCAGCCUGGCAGGAGGCCCUGGGAGAUUAUCGGGUACUGAUGGACGUUUCCGACAGCCCUGAGCGAAACCCCUGCUCUCCUGAUGAAGAAGACCAGCAGCUUUCUGAUGAGGAAGUCCUGAAGGAGAGUGGUUCAGAGCGGGAACUUGAUGGAGAGGGUGGGCAAGGCAGCAUCAUGGGUGAGGAGGAGGAGGAUGCGGCCAGGGGACUGAGUCACGGCGAGGAGAACCACUCGGAUGAAGAGGACCGCUUAAGCGAAGCCAAGUCUCAGGAGUCAGACUCCAAUGAGCAGAGUGGGGAGCUGAAGAGCCCUCCAGCUCGCAAAGGAGAGGAGGAAGACAGGACAAAUGACCUCGGGGAUGAGGCAUCCUCUGUCACCCGUGAACUAGAUGAGCACGAGUUGGACUAUGAUGAGGAAGUUCCUGAGGAACCGAGUGCUGCAGCUGCAGAGGAGGAUGGUGAGAAAGCUGCUGGUGAGGAUGAUGAGGAAGAGGAGAAAGGAGAUGAGGCCCAUGAAGAUGAGAAAAAAUCCAGCAGCAAAAGUGAUGAUGAAAAGGAUGGCCAGGAUCCUCUCAAGGAGAAGAAGAAAGAAGAAGAUGAUGGAGAAAUUGAUGAUGGAGAAAUUGACGAUGAUGACUUGGAAGAAGGAGAAGUUAAAGACCCCAGCGACAGAAAAGUGAGGCCACGUCCCACCUGCCGGUUCUUCAUGAAAGGUCACUGUACUUGGGGCAUGAACUGUCGAUUUAUUCACCCUGGAGUGAAUGACAAAGGAAACUACUCAUUGAUCUCCAAGCCUGAGCCCUUCUCCCCCAACGGCGCUCCUCCUAUCGGCCCUCACCCUCUGAUGCCAGCCAACCCUUGGGGAGGGCCAGUCGUUGAUGAAAUCUUACCUCCACCCCCUCCAGACCCUCCGACAGAAAGUGCCUGGGAGAGAGGACUCCGCCACGCUAAAGAGGUGUUAAAAAAGGCAACAAUGAGAAAAGAACAGGAGCCUGACUUUGAGGAGAAGAGGUUCACUGUGACUAUUGGGGAAGACGAGCGGGAGUUUGACAAGGAGAACGAGUUUUUCCGUGACUGGAAUUAUCGCAUCACCAGAGACGUCCGAGAUCCAGCGGAGGUGGACAUCAAAGAAAACAUUAACUAUGGGCUUGAUCCCUAUACAGAUCCCUAUUAUGACUAUGAAAUAGAACGGUUCUGGCGUGGUGGGCAGUAUGAGAAUUUCAGGGUUCAGUAUACAGACCCCGAUCCAUACCGUAACUACAGAGUAAGUAAGGAAAGAGAGCGAGAACGAGAAAGGGAGAGAGAGAACAGGCAACGGGAAAGGGAACGGGAGCGAGAGCGCGAGCGGGAGCGGGAGCGGCGCCAGCGGGAGCGAGAGCGCGAGCGGGAACGGGAGCGCGACAAGGAGCGGCAGCGGCGGAAAGAGGAGUGGGAACGGGAGAGAGAACGAGUGAAGAGAGAUGAGAAGGACAGACAGCACAGGGACCGCGACAGGGACCGCGACAGGGACCGGGACCGGGAGAAGGAGAAGGACAAAGCAAAGCCCCGGUCCCCGCUGCUCCCCAGCCGUCAGCCUGAGCCACCAAAGAAGGAGAAGGAGGCCACCACAAUUACCACCACUCAGUCAAAGAGGGCAGAUGAAUGGAAGGAUCCCUGGCGCCGAUCCAAGUCCCCCAAAAAGAAGCUGGGCUUGUCCGUCUCGCCCAGCCGCGCGCGCCGGCGCCGGAAAACCUCCGCCUCUUCAGCUUCUGCUUCUGGCUCUUCAAGGUCCUCUUCUCGUUCAUCCACAUAUUCUGGUUCAGGUUCCUCACGCUCUCGUUCCAGAUCAUCUUCUUACAGCUCGUACUCUAGUCGUUCUUCAAGACACAGCUCUUUCUCAGGCAGCAGGUCCAGGUCACGGUCCUUCUCAUCUUCGCCCUCUCCUUCUCCAACGCCGUCUCCACACAAGCCGCUCGCCAAGGCUAAAGGGGACUUGUUAGCACCUGCUGGUAAAGGUGAAAAGUCUGUGAAGAAACUAGCUGCCCUCCCAGUCCCUCAGCCACUCACUAAAAUCACAACAACUGCAGCAGAGGCAGCCAAAGCAGGGGAUAAUCGAGAGGCGAGGAGGAAGGAGCGUCAGACCAGGACUCCACCCAGGAGGAGGACCAUCAGCGGCAGCAUCAGCGGCAGCGCCAGCAGCUACAGCGGCUCCAGCUCCCGCUCCAGGUCCUUGUCUCGGUCUCUCUCCAGAUCUCAUUCCAGGUCAUCGUCUGCCUCAGUCUCCCACUCCCCAUCUGGCUCCAGGAAAUCCAGGUCCCUGAGCGUGAGCAGCGUCUCCUCCGUGUCCAGUGCCUCGUCCAGCAGCAGCUCGGUGCGCAGCGCCGACUCCGAGGACAUGUACGCGGACCUGGCCAGCCCCGUCUCCUCGGCCAGCUCCAGAUCCCCCACCCCAGCGCAGCAGAAGAAAGGUAGAGGAAAGUCAAAAAAAGAAGAUAGUGCUAAAGAGGAGAAGAGGAAACGAGAUGUGCCCACUCAGCUCCUGAAAUCAGCCAAGCCCACCCAGGGGAGCAAAUCACAGCAGCUCCUCCAGACCCAGCAGCCCUCAGCCCCCCAGUCUCAGCAGGGUGGCUUCAGCGCCCACAAAGAGAUCAAACUGACUCUCUUGAAUAAGGCAGGUGACAAAGGAAGCAGGAAGAGAUAUGAGCCAGCAGACAAAGACAGGCCGUCCUCUCCUCCAGCCAAACGGGCCAACCUGUCACCUGACAGAGGCUCUCGCGACAGGAAGGCGACGGGGAGACUCUCUUCACCCAAGCAAGAGCGACAGAGGGGCCAGAACCCGAAACCUUCUCCUGCACAGACAGACAGGAAGCGGCAGCUCUCGCCUCAGUCCAAGAGCAGCAAAGUGACGAGUGUCCCGGGCAAAGCGCCGGAGCCGGGCCCGGGGGGGGCCAAGGGGGGCAAGGCCAGCACCCUGUCCCGGCGGGAGGAGCUGCUCAAGCAGCUCAAGGCCGUGGAAGACGCCAUCGCCCGCAAACGGGCCAAGAUCCCCGGCAAGGCCUCGUGAGCCCAGCCCUCGGACUGUCCCUGUUUUUAUAAACAGUGCCCAGCAGCCCGGUGCAUUUUGCAGUUUUUGUCUUCUUUUGGCUGCGGUUCUUUUUACAGGAAAGAAAACUAAACAAAAACCAACCAGACACACAAAGCCCCCAACACCAGCCCCCCCCAGCCCCAGCCCCGGGGAGCCGCUGCCCGCGGAGCCGCCUGGCAACACCUCACCCCACCACCCACCCCCGGGGGGUGCUGCCAGCAGCCGCCUGGCACCGCCUCGCCCCGGCUCCCCAGGGCCAGGGGGGCUCUGCCCCCACUCCCCAGCCCCCCGGGGCCGCCAGCCCCUUCGGCUGCUCUCGCUGCCCCCCCUCCCCUUCCCCCCUUUGCUAGAGCCUCCCGUUGUAUUCCCCUAGUUGAGCCCCUGCUGUGUGUCGAGUGUCCUCAGCGCUGCAGUUGCAGAUCCUGUGUAAGGAGAGAGCCGACCUCUGCUGUGACCUGCUGGCAACGAAACCUCCUCCCCCCUCCCUCCCCACACCGGCAACGACAAAUAUAUCUAUAUUCUUGACUGAAGCCUCGACUGGGACAAUGACCUGUCUUUUCUUUGCAGCAGCAGCUUGCUUUGGUUGCCUGGGCAGGAGCCCUGAAGCUGUUCUGGGGGUGUCUGUCCAACCAGGAGGGUCCUCUGGGUUUUUCUUUCUCCUCUCUUUCUUUCUUUCUGGGUUUUUUUUUUUGAGGGAUCUCCCUGAAAUAAAGUAUUUUGAUAACCA